UUAAUAUUCACAAAGAAUAUUAAAAGUUCUGAGACAAAAUUAUAGUGAGCAAAAACGUUACCUUCUAAAGACUAUACCACCUUAAACACAACUUUGACAUUCCCUUUUCCAUAAUCUAAUUUCCUUUUUUCUUUCAAAAGAUGUUAAAAUAAUCCUCACAAACCUCUACAGGAAGAGGAUGGGGGCGAGGACACCAUCUACGCUCCCAUCCCGUAGGCCAUCUGGCAAGUCCAUCUCCCACUUUUCUGCAUUCAAACCUUACAGAUCCUGGAAGUCCGGGUUCAGAGUCUGCUUCAACAGACACCCGAGGUCCCGUUUCCGCUCGCUCUCCCAGUGCCAGGAGUGCUGAGCUCACCGUGCAGUCCCUGCCUUUGGCCUCAGAUCUUUCUCGACCUUUAGAUUUCUGUUGCCGAGGGCGUCCAAGCCUGGCUACACGGGUUCCUGCGGCCCGAGGGGGCAGGUGGGCCCCGUCUCGGCCGCGCCACUGGGCUAGUCCGGCGGGACCUAACGGCGCCUGGCAGAGGCCCCAUACGGCCCACUGACGCCACUGGUUGAACCUCCAACCCCACCGUCCACCUCAGCUCCCCUCUGACGUGAGAAUGUGUGGGGCGGGGCGAAAGUGGAUCAAGACUGAAAAUAACCCGAAUCGACAGCCCAUCCGCCGCGCUCGCCGCUCCAAAUGCCACACACUCCAUGGACAGACCCCGGCGUCCACUCAAAGGCUGCACUGGCGGAAACUCAAGCCCUGGAAAAGAGGUUCCGGGGCUGGGCUGGGCUGGCCUGGCUGGAGGCGGCAGAAUGGAGACUGGGACUGAGGACCCGGGACUGAGACGCCGCCCGACGCUGGCCUCUUCCUGGGAUGCCGCACGCGGGGCCCCGACCCAGAGUCUCCUCCUCACCCAGGCUGGUCUCGACUUCGACACCCGCGACUUCGACCGCGAAGAGCUGCUGGCGCCGCCUGCUUCGGGGCAGGAUCUGGUGAUUUUGAAGAGAAGCCUGAACAGCCAAGAUGAAAGCCCGUGCUUCCUCUACCUGAGGUGUGACCCUCACGGAGGUGAAGAGAUCGUUUCUGUUGGCAUUCUCAGUUCUGCAAGAAAUAUGGAAGUAUACUUAGGAGAGGAGUACUGUGGAACCAGUAGGGGCAAGAAUGUUGGUACUGUCCUGGAUGACAGUGAACAUGAAAACAUUAUUUUGUACAAAAAAUAUCUAAAAUUGGAGGCCUCUACACAUGCUUGUCAAAUAAAGUUGCUAUCCUUUGGUGAAAAGCAGUGUGUAUUCAUCAGUAAAGUUGUGGUACACAUGAGAUCGGUUUUGGCAAAUUCGUCAAAAAGCUCUCCUGCUCUAGGAUCAAGGAUAGAUCUUGACAAGGUCCAAAGCAUAAUGGAGUCCAUGGGAUCAAAGUUAUCACCUGGAGCUCAGCAACUGAUGAAUAUGGUUAGAUUCCAGCAGCAGAAUUGCAUUCCCAUUGGAGAGCAGCUUCAGUCGGUUUUGGGAAAUCCUGGAUACAAGCAUGUGAUUGGACUACAAUCAUCAUCUACUUUAGGAGCCUUAGACAAGUCAUCCUCCACACCUUUUCCUUUUAGAACUGGAUUGAUGUCUGGAAACGUGACUGAAAACUUAAAAGCUUACAUCGACAAAAGUACACAACCACCUGGUCAAGGGAAUACUACAAACCUUAGCAACUGUCAAAUUAUGCCACAAAAUCAUUCCCUUCUUGAAAAUGAUCUUAAAAAUGCAGUAUCUUCUUUCUUACCAAAGAAAACAAUUGACAACUCAAAUAUACCUAAUUCUGAGUUGCUGCCUUUUCUCCAGAAUUUGUGUAGUCAAGUUAAUCAUCUCCGUGUGGGACACAAGGCUGAGUGGCAGGAAAACAUCACAAAGCCCAGUGAAGGCAUUCUUGGUGUUGGAAUGGAAGAACAACCUGUUUGCUCCUACCUGGAAAAGAAUCUGUCUAAACAUAUGGAACUGCUGGAAAAGAAACUUACAGAGUACAUUGAUCAGCGAAUAUGUAAACUCCAGGAGCACAUAGAUGAUAAGAUUGCUUUGUUAAUGGACUUGCUGCAAAAUCGCAACUCCCCGCCCACUGGGAUACCUCUAAGACAUUGUGACUCUGGAGAAAGACUUUCAAAUGGAGAGAGAUAAGUUCUCAACAUAUACAAUGUACUGCAGAUAUUUAUUGCAUAUUUAUUACAAAGCCAAAACCCAAAAAUGUUUCUGAAAAGCAAGGAUUUAAUGUCCUUUGAAGGAUCAUAAUCUUACUUAACAUAAAGUGACCUCAGUGUUCAUUUUUACUACAUUUGUUCUUGUAAAUCUAGUACUGUACACUAAGAGUUAGCAUGAUAUAGUCAUAAGUUAUUUUUGCUAGCAAGAUUUUUCACUCUCACAGAAAUUUAUGCAUGCUUGUAUUGCUCAAGUGUUUAAAACGUUUAAGAAUUUCUAAUUCAGUUCAUUAGUUUGUAUUGUAUAUUGUAUGUGUGUUUAAAGUGACUUAUUUAGUAAAAGUUGAAAGAUUUAUACGAUCUGAAGAGAAACCAGAGUAUGAAGUGACUUAUUUAUACAAAGACCUUAUUAUAUAGUUUUAGGAAUAUGAAAAAUAACGCUUAGAGUAUUUGAUUUUUUUUCUUUUUCUAAUUGUCUUAGGAAAUUGGGUACUUAAGACUUGGAACCUUUAAUUCAGAUCACUAAUUUACAUUUUGUAUUGUUUAUCUGAGAUAAUGAGUAAGAUGCGAUCGAUAUUUGGCAUGUGUAAAAUUAGUUCACAUGGGCUGUUUAUAUUAUUUGUUUUAUAACAGCAUACCUGUAAAUAGGAAAGUAAACAAUCAGAACCGGCCUAUUCCUUGUUAGGAUUAGUACUUUGGAUUUGGUGUUUCAUGUAAAACAGGAGCAGUCGUCUCAUUGGACCUCAGUAACCCCAGAGAGUAUAAGGAAGUCUCUCUUUCUGAACAACUGAUACAUGUUUUUCUUCUCCAGAGUCCUUUUCUGGCGUGUUUACCAUAUGAAAUGCUGAGGCUCUGCAUGGAAGGAUUAAGGCAUAUGAACCCAGAAAUUGAGGUUCUCUCUAGCAGACUUAAUUUUCAGAUCUUAUAACUACUGUAUAUUUGUUGAAGAGUGAUAUAUUUGCAUAUAAAAAUAAAUGCAUCCACUCUGGAA